AUUACACUUUAUGAGCCCAGAAUGUCAAAUAUUUCAAAAUUAGAGAGGGAGGCAGGCGUGAAAUUUGAACACAUAUCUGCCCCUCAACCUGCUGAUAUUGCUAAAGCUGUUGGUGGUGAUGAUGUAGAAGUUAUAAUUCUAGUUGUUGAUAGUGUGAUCCCUGUUUUCAAGUCGUCUGCUGAAGAGUUGUUAAACAAUUUCGGCCUAACACCAGUAGAGCUUCUUCCAAAGGCACUUGCUAAGAGCAUUGUGAGUCUUUAUAUUUUUUGUAUUUUAAAAUUUGAUUUUAUAUUUUUUCCUUAUUGUAUUAUGGUUUAUUUUUUAUAGGGGUAUACUGAAAUCAAGCACAUGUCACUCUUAUCAUUUAUGGAAAAUAAUAUCACAUUGCAUCUUGAGGUUGGAAGACCUGUUUACACACCUUCGUAAGAUUUAUAUAUAUUUGAUAAAUAAUAACUCAAGGUUUUGAAAAUUGUAUAUGAUUAGAAAUAAUGAAAUGUUGGGAGUUAAUAAUAUUUUAACCAGUCAUAGGCCCAAGCCAAACUUUUAUCGUCCAACCUCUAAUAAUCAAUUAUGGGUUGUAUCAGUCUAUGAUCAA